AUGUCCGCAACGGACAUUAAGGCGGUGGCUUGUCUCUUUGAGACAUCGCUAGUACUUGCGGCAGACUGGCCACAGAUUCUCACCGAGUAUCUCGCCCCGCUGUUGAUGCGCCUUGGAGAAGCUUCUUCGCCAACAAACACACUCCGCAUGAGCGUGAUCACGUAUGGUGCCUCCGACACGCGUCCUACCCCCAUCGCAAGCCGGAUAUUCUUCAGCCCACCAGCAUCAGUGAUGAAGACUAUGCGAGAGCUGCCACACGAACUCGGAAUUGGCUAUACUGGAGCGGGAAUCACUCAAGGGAUGGCCGCGUUAGAGGGCAUGGUUGCUGCUCUCGAGAUGUUCGACGCCCUCAAAACCUCAUUCGAUAAAGCCGACACAGUCUUCACCUGCCACCUGAUCCACGUUGCGGCGACCGCACCCGAUACCGCUGAACAUCCCAUGUGGAACGCUUCGCCGGGGAUGGACUUUGUGACAUGGGGUAAUCUCGCUGGCGAGCUACGCAAGCGCAACAUCCACUAUAGCAACAUCCUCACCAAGUCGAUCCCGCGCCUUGGUGAGCUGCAGACCUCUUCUGCUCUCGGACCUGUGCAACAACCGUGGUUCACCGUGCGCGCGCCAUGCGAGGUUCGCAUCACUGGCACGAAGCGAUCGAGCAACGCGUUUGUACCCACAAACAGUCCAGAAACUUCGAAACGUCCGAAAACCCAGGCUCCCAACACUUCACCCCGCAAAUCCCCCGCCGUCCCUACUACCACCACUCCGAGUUUGUCCGCGACAGUUGUGCCGUCGUCAACCCCCGCACCUGCGGUUCCAACACCUUCGGCUCCGCCGGCACCUGCACCUGCACCAGCGCCCUCCCUUGCAGCAGAACCCGCGUCCGUCAUUGCGCCACCUGCCGUCCCCGCUGCACCGCAAGGCGCAGUCCCCGACCAGUUCAAGAUCCCGGACCUUACCACGUGGACGCCGCAGGCCCGCAACGACUUCAUGCAGAAGAUGAUCAUGGCGGAGGGCCAGCUCCGAUCCCAGCUUAUACAGCUGAACCAGUUGAGGGCGCGCGGUCACGGGGAGGAAGCCGCAAAGAUGGAGGCACACCUCCGCGUGCGGGCGGAGAGGCUGCGAAUCAUCAAGACGGCGACGGUGGAGCAGAUACGAAACCUGGCGAACAACGCCGCGGCGGGUGGCUCCGCGCAGCCGCCAGGGACGAAUGGGAUUCCGGGAGUUCAGCAGCCUGUCCCGCCCACCGCAGCGAAGAACCCCACGGGCACCCCAACGCUCACCGCGAAGCCGCAGAUCCCGUCGCAAGUGACGCCGGACAUGGCGGCGCAGAUGCAGAAGCUCAUCGAGCAUCGGAACAAGACUCAGGCGCAGGUGCAGCAGCAACAGCAGCAACAGGCCGCGGCCAGCGCUGCUGGGCUGCAAAUCACGGCGCUUGCGUACGCGGACCAGCCUUCGUCAAGUAGGCAUUACAACGGCCCCAUCUCUUGGCGCGGAUUUGACUCGGAGACGCACUUGCGCAAGGACGUCCAAACGCGCGUUGUUAUGAUGACCACAGCAAACCAUGAUAUGCAAGGGCACGCAUGGCCGCAGGCGCUGUCGUUGUCGCCAGCGCCGCACCCAGCGGUGCCGCCGGACGUGCUACAGACGUGGCUGAAGCAGCACACGUACGUGCCCCUCAACUUGGCGGUCAAUCCCAAGGUUCCAGACCCGAAGACGAACGAGGAACACUUCCGCGGUCUCGUCCGCCUUCUCACCGAAAAGAACGUCUUUGCGAUCGCUGCGUGGCCUUCUGUGCCCAACGGAGUCCCGGAGAACCGAGUCCUCCUCUUUCCGAUCCGGAACCAAGUCAUGGGCGUGUACUUCCCGGGACCCGGCGGUAUGCCUGAACUUCCCAAGGUGGGCGGUCCGCCAGUUCCUCCGCCAGCACCGCCGCAAGCCCCGCAAGCAACCCCACCGACCGGCUUAACUUACGGUCCCGAGACCGUCCGAAUGGUUCUAAACGCGAUCCCGCCAGACCAACAGGCAAAAUUCCUUGCACUCUCGCAGGCACAGAAGCAACAGCUCGUGACCACGUUCGUGGCUCGGCGCCAGCACCAGAUUCAGCAGCAGCAACAGCAGCAGCAACAGCAACAACAGGUGCAGCAGAACGCCGCCGCCGCGCAAAUGCAGGCGCAAAUGGGACUGAAGCCCCCGCAGCCGGGCAAUUUGUGGGGCGCACCGAACGCCGCGGCGAUGCUCGGACAGAUGAACCAGGCGUUCGCGAACGCGGGUGCGGGAUCUUCUAUGCAGGGCAUGGGCGGGCACCCGACGACGCUCAACGGGCUACAGAACAUGAUGAACAACGUCGGCCCGACGGGUCUGCCGAUCAACCUCGGGCCUGGCGCGGGGAACAUCAACAUGAACUUCGCGGGCUUCAAGGGCGCGGGCCAGUCGCAGAUCGGGCCGCAGGGUCAGGGGAUGAUGGGGAUGCAGCAUCAGCAGCAGCAACAGCAGCAACAGCAGGGCAUGCAUCGACGCACGCCGAGCGGGAACGUCGGUGGGGGCAUGGACUACAACGUGUUGCAGUCGUUCGUACAGCGCUCGCACGACGGCGCCGGGGGCUCGAACGGGUCGCUGGGCGUCCCAAGCUUUGCCAUGGUCGACCAGUUCGCCGGCGGCCCAGUGUUCAUCGGGACGUGUUUCGGUCUCAUGAUGUACGGUCUGUCCGCUCACCAAGCUUGGCGUUACUUCCAUGCGUACCGCCAAGACGCCCCCAUUCUCAGAUUCAUGGUGCUCGUCCUGUUUAUGGCGGACAGCGUUCACACCGUUUUAAUAAUCGCCGGAUGCUAUCGAUAUUUGGUCCUCGCGUUGCACGACCCGGGGAUUCUUAAAGCCAAUUCUUUCGCAUUCCGAAUGCUUACUCCAGUAUCAUGCGUCAUCAUAAUGCUCAGUCAAGGAUUCUAUGUUCGUCGUGUGUACCUCUUGAGCCCCAAGUAUCGCUAUCGCUGCGCCGUAGCAGUAGCAGUAGCUUUCAUGUUCGCAUCCAUAGGAUUUGCAUUGGCGAUGACUAUCCGGUCGUUCAUGCUUUCCAGCCUCUCUGGCUUCGGAGAAUUGACUUGGAUGGGAUCCUUAGCAUUCGCCUGCGCAAUAGUCACUGACGUCAUGCUCACGGCCUCUAUCAUCAUCUACUUGCGCGGCUGCCGCACCGGCAUCAAAAGGACAGAUAAUAUGGUUCGAGUAUUGGUUGUCUACACGAUCAACAGCGGUCUGCUCACUUGCGCGUUAAGCAUGCUAAACGUCAUCUCCGUAUACGUUUUUCCAAAUCUAAUGCUCGACGUCGCGCUCAACAUGCCCGUCGUCAAGACAUACGUCAACUCCGUGCUCGCAGUCUUGAACUCGCGCCGUUCGCUUGCCGCGGCGUCCGAGCUCGCGGACGACUUUGGCACGCUCGGAAUGCCCGGUGACGGAGAACGCGAGUUCGUCCGCAUCCGGAGGAUGAAGGAUCCCGUCUCCAGUAUGCGCUUCCAUCCCGUCGAGUCUGCGGUCGGGGUCGCUUCUACGCGCGUCUGCACGGAGGAGACGCCGCCGCGCGUGCACGCAGCUGGGUCCGAUGGGUGGAAGGCGGUGUGUUUGUGCGGGGCGGACGGGCUGGGGCGGAAUCAUUCGGCGCGCGGGGAUGCGGUCGCCACCGUGUAG